AUACGGGCCAGUAGUAGUCGGUCGGUCGGUCCGUCCGUCGUUCGGUCAGUGCUCCAAAAAUUUGGAGUUGUCUUGUGACACAUAGGCUAAAAGUUGAAAAAAUUCACAUAACACUGUGCACUGCGAAUACACUUUAACAGCUUCGCUGAUUCAUUAUUUCGUUUGCUUUACAUUUUCAAGUGACUGCAAAUCAGAUAUUUGAAAGCAAAGCCUAAUUUUAUUUAGUGACAACGACGACGACGACUUUAUCCUAUCAAUAUGGGAGCACCGACGCCGCUUACCGUUAUUGGUAUCAUAUUUUUGUUGUUUGGCGUUUUCGUCGGAUGGUUCGCUUUCCCGAAGAUGUUACACAAAAAAAUAUUAGAGAGUAAAUCAUUAAAUCCGAGAUCAACUAUGCGUCAGAUGUGGUCACAUCCUCCGAUAUCUGCAGAUUUUAAAAUUUAUUUAUUCAACGUAACUAAUCCCGAAGAAGCACAAAAGGGUGAAAAAGUCAUACUUAAAGAAGUCGGACCUUAUGUUUAUCAUGAAUGGAAAGAAAAAGAAAACUUAAUAGACGAUAUCAAUGAAGAUACGGUUGAAUUUAGUUUCAAAAACACUUUUGUGUUAGAUGAAAUGUCGACGCUUCCAUUAACUGGAGAUGAAAUUUUAAUUAUGCCUCAUUUGGCUAUGAUAGGAAUGGUAACAAUGACUAAGAUGAUAAAACCGGCUGCAAUAGGUUUGGUAAAUAAAGCAAUUCCUUAUUUGUAUCCAGAUCAAACUAGUGCAUUUAUGAUGGGGACCGCUAACGAUAUCAUGUGGAAUGGAUUGGAUAUUAAUUGCACGUCCGGAGAGUUUGCAGCCGUUGCUAUUUGUUCACAGAUAAGGCAAAAUUCGGCAAGCUUACACAAAAUCAGCAAGGAUCAUUUCAAAUUUUCAUUAUUCGGAGUGAAAAAUGGAACCAUCGAGAGCAAUCGUUAUACAGUGAAACGCGGCUACAAGAUGUCACCGUUGGAGGUUGGACAGGUGGUGAGAUUCAACGACAAACACAAAAUGGAUGUGUGGCCCGGCGAAGAGUGCAAUCGGAUAUACGGGACAGAUACCACGAUAUUUCAACCAUUUAUUACGCCGGACACCAAUCUGGCCAGCUUCAGCGGUGACAUUUGCCGAUCAUUAACUCCAGACUAUUUACAUGAAACAAAGUAUAAUGGAUUAAAUGUGUUUGAGUAUUCGGCCGUAUUAGUAAAACCAGAGGAAAAGUGCUUUUGUUUAAACCAAAAAAAAUGUCUAAAACAAGGAGCAUUGGAUUUAACAAAUUGUUCAGGUGCUCCUAUAAUUGCAACUCUCCCGCAUUUUUAUAAAUCUGAAGAAUAUUUGAAUAAUGUUGAUGGACUAAGUCCCGAAGUUGAGAAGCAUAGGAUUCAAAUGUACUUUGAACCUAUGACUGGUACCCCAUUAUUGGGUUAUAAACGUUUGCAGUUCAAUAUUUUUUUGAAGAAAGAACCAAAAAUAAACGUUAUGAAAACGCUCAACGAAGAUGAAAAACUAAUACCACUGUUUUGGGUUGAAGAGGGAGUCGCUUUGAAUAAGACGUGGACGAAUCAAAUAAAAAAUAAAUUAUACUUGCCAAUUACAAUCAUGAAAUACGUUAAAUACAUAUUUGUGGCUUUUGGUAUCGUUUUCAUUAUAUUGGCAGUGGUUGUCAACUACAAUAGUGUUAAGACGACGGAAAUCACACCAAAAUAUUAGAAUACAAUGAUCGCAAAAAAUAAAUAAAUAAAUACCUAAUACUUUAUAUUAAGUUAGACCUCACAAAAGUAAACAUAUUUUUAUUGUUGUACAAUAUUAUGAACACUGGUGUUCACGUUGUAAAUAUAUUUUUAGUUAAAAAGUGAUUUUAUAGGAAUAAACCAAUUAUGUUCAAAUAUUUACCAACUAUAUACUUGACUAUUACUAUUUAUUUUAAAAUGUAUUUUAUUCAUUAUGCAUACUAUAAUAUAAAAGUAGCAAGAAGAGUAUAAAAACAGUAUAUUAAGUAUAAACCGAUUUGUAAUA